AUUAACCUGAGUUCCAGACUGUCAUGGCGGCAGGAGAGCGAACUUGCAGUUUCUCUACGACCUACCCCUCUAUAGGUGAAGUGGGAGAUGGCUCAGGGUCUCCAGGUUACUAGGGCAGCUGGAAGUCCAGGGCCCUCUGCUCUUCUGCACCCCACCCCCACCUCUAAACCUUGGUCAUCUGAUUUAAGGGAAUGUCAACACCAGCCUCAGGAGUCAGGUGUCAGUAACUCCAGAAUGUGGCAGCUCACAAGCCUCUUGCUGUUCGUGACCACCUGGGGAAUUUCCGGCACACCAGCUACUCUUGAACCAGACUCCGUGUUCUCCAGCAGUGAGCGCGCCCACCAGGUGCUGCGGAUCCGCAAGCGUGCCAACACCUUCCUGGAGGAGCUGCGUCCCAGCAGCCUGGAGAGAGAGUGUGUAGAGGAGAAAUGUGACUUUGAAGAGGCCAAGGAGAUUUUCCAAGACGUGGAUGACACACUGGCCUUCUGGUCCCAGUAUGUCGAUGGCGACCAGUGUGCAGCCCCGCCCUCGGAGCACCCGUGCACCAGCCCCUGCUGCAGACACGGCGUCUGCACCGACGGCAUCGGCGGCUUCAGUUGCGCCUGCAGUCGUGGCUGGGAGGGCCGCUUCUGCCAGCACGAGGCGCUCUUCUCCAACUGCUCGCUGGACAACGGUGGCUGCGCGCAAUACUGCCUGGAGGAGGCCGACCAGCGCCGCUGCAGCUGUGCCCAGGACUACAAGCUGGGGGACGACCACAGGCAGUGCGACUCCACAGCGAAGUUCCCUUGUGGGAGGCCGUGGAAAAGAAUGGAGAAGAAGCGCAACAUGCUGAAACGUGAUGCAGACCAAGGAAACCUGACUCAGAUAGACCCACGACUCAUUGACGGGAAGGUGACCAAACGGGGAGACAGCCCCUGGCAGGUGAUCCUGUUGGACUCGAAGAAGAAGUUAGCCUGUGGGGCGGUGCUCAUCCACCCUUCCUGGGUGCUGACAGCGGCCCACUGCAUGGAGGACCCCAAGAAGCUCAUCGUCAGGCUUGGGGAGUAUGACUUGCGGCGCUGGGAGAAGUGGGAGUUGGACCUGGACAUCAAGGAGGUCCUCAUCCACCCCAACUACAGCAGGAGCACCAGUGACAACGACAUCGCGCUGCUGCGCCUGGCCCAGCCCGCCACCCUCUCGCAGACUAUAAUCCCCAUCUGCCUCCCUGACAGUGGCCUUGCAGAGCGCGAGCUCAACCAAGCUGGCCAAGAGACGGUGGUGACGGGCUGGGGCUACCAGAGUAGCCGAGAGAAAUACACCAAGAGAAACCGCACCUUCAUCCUCAACUUUAUCACAAUCCCUGUGGUCCCGCGCAACGAGUGUGCCAAUGCUAUGAACAGCAUGGUCUCUGAGAACAUGCUGUGUGCUGGCAUCCUCGGGGACUCGAGAGACGCCUGCGAGGGCGACAGCGGGGGGCCCAUGGUCGCCUCUUUCCGUGGCACCUGGUUCCUGGUGGGCCUGGUGAGCUGGGGUGAGGGCUGUGGGCACCUUCACAAUUAUGGUGUUUAUACCAAAGUCAGUCGCUACCUCGAUUGGAUCCACAGCCACAUCGGUAAAAAGGAGACCUCCCCCGAGAGCCAGGUGCCUUAGUGCCCUCCCUGCUGGUCUCUCGGCCCUGAAGCCACUUUUGCAGUUGGGCUGGGCAGUUGAGUGGCCAUGUAUGGGACAUUAAAAGGCAUGCCAAAACACA